AAGAGAAUAGAAAGACUGAUUUUAGUUGUAGAGGGAGAGAAAGAUAGAAAGAGAAAUUUAUAGUAAUGGAGUAAUGGUGUAAAGUUGAAUUGUUUAUUGAAUUAAUUCAAUUGUUUUUCAUUUUUAUCGUCAACUUUAAUUACCAGUCAUCAUUCACAAGUUGACUUGGGUUAUAUUCUGUUAUCGUUAUUGAAACAAAAAUGUCUGGAUAUGAUUCAUUAAGGAGUCGUACACCAAAGGAAACACUUUUAGAAGGCUUCGUUAAGCGUAUGAGAAAACAAAAUGAAGAAGGUAGAUACAAAGGAUCUCGUAUUGACCAUUCAAAUUUUGUCUCCCAUGAUUCCCAAGAACCGUCCGGUGAAGAUAUGCAUGGAGAAUUUAUGGAAAAGAUCAUCACUAAGGUACAAUUACCUCCAAUUAAUCCAUUAAACAAGCUCUAUUGUAGUUUGAUGAGUGGUCUCAGAAAUGAGAUUGACUUUGGUCUUCGUGUAUCAACAAUUCUAGCCAAUUCUAAGGAAUCAACUUGGAUAUCAGAUUUCAAAUUUAUUGAUAUUCUGAUUGAUUGUGUUGAAUCAUACUCUUGUUGUUGUGAUGAUGAAAAUAGUGAUUUGGUGAAGCAAAUUGGUGAUGGUAGAGUUUUCUGCAACAUCCGUGUCAAAGAUGAGGAUCCAAAUAAUCAACAAAAAUGUAAUUGUCUUCAAAGGUUCUGGUCUGGGUUACGUCAAGAUAUAAGAGUUAUGAAUCUAGUUUUUGGUUCUUCGUGUGAUGAAAAUGGUGAUUCUUACAUGAGAACCGAAGAUGAUGAUGACUUCUGUGAAGAUCUUGACUAUUUAGUGGACGUUAAAAAACACGAACCAAGGAACCAUCAAAGAAUCUAUAAUUUGAUAAAAAAUGUCUCAGAAAUAAUAAGAAAUCUUUCAUUCAACAUCGCUGAAAGUCCUAUACCUAAUAUUAAUGAUGAAUCAAGCACCAGCGGCUACUCAUACCAUUUUGCUACUCUCAAUCUCUUGAAAUUCCUAGUUCUGUUAAUCUCGUGCAAAGAUCAAUAUUACCAAAACCUUGGUUUAGAUAUCAUCUCUAAUAUUUCAUCGCAUAUCGCCAUUAAUAGCGUUAACCCGCAAUAUUUGACAUUUUUAGAUUUAAUUAAUAGAUAUUGUGUUAAUAAGAUAAUCUCUUCUAAUGACAUAAAUCAUAUAAAUCGAAGUCUCGAAAUUAUAUGUAAAGUAGUUUCAAGGUAUAACGAUGAGCCCAAUGAAUAUAUAGCAACACAACUUUUUGAUAGUGAAUUCAUCCAAAGAUUAACAGAGUUAUUAACCUGUCAACAUGAUGUAAGCAUAGUAAUUUCAUCACUUGAUUUACUUCUUGCUCUCUCGGAAUCGUAUCCCAAACUGUUAGUCGAAGAUAGUAAAUAUCUCAUAAAAAUACUUGUGAUGCUCCUCAAUUGUGAAGCUUCGCAAUUUUUCUCCAAGAGUGCUCUAGCGCGAAUCAAGAUAGUUGAUGAAAGGCCUAAACCCGUGGAAUUGCCUAAGACACCAAAUCAAAAGUCUACCACAACUGCAACUCUUGUUACAUCAGCAGUUGACAAUGAAACUUAUGUUGUAACUUGGCUUCGAGCAACUUUCGAAGCCAAACCCAAUCAGGGUACUCUUUUAAAGCUUAAUGAAAUUUAUGAGGAUUACGUUAGAGAAUGUAUUCGAUGUGAACGUAAGGUUGUUAUUCCAGCACAAAAUUUUGCGAUCCUCACAAAAAGGUGUUUUCCAUCUAUUACCAUGACUGGUCCAAUAAUCGAUGGACUUGUUCGUCGGCCUAUUAAAGGGCCAGGCGGACUAUCAUCUCCUAUCCUCAAAGCUCAGCUUUGUGCGCCUCCUAAAGCUGGAUCUUUGCCUCCAGUACCAAAUCCUGGGACAUCGACUUCAACUUUAAUUAAAAAUCUUUUGGCAAACAAAUUGAGAACCAAUAGUGGCCUAGGAUCAUCACCUUCUUCACCCUCACUUUGCGCCUCCUUUUCCUCCAUUACUACUGGAUCUGUUACAGUUACUCCGGCUUCUGCUUCUCCCAGCUCAUCUAAUAAUAACAAUGGCAAUGGAAGUAAAUCUGAUACAACCACAACAAUCAUUCCUUGUACCAUCAACAAUCUCAACAGUACCUUUACUCAACAACAAAAGCCACAAGAACCUGAUCCUGAUCCAACUGAUCUUCAGCCUAGCGCUAACAAAACAGCUUUCUCUAAUUCUACCCAGUCUCAUUCUAGAUCUAAAGAUUCUAGUUCGCUCAGUAGCUCUAUACCAACAUCGGUCAUUACUUCAAUCACACCUUCACAAACUCCAGCAUCAUCCUCACACUCAUCCUCGUCAAAUUCAUCAUCAUCAGCAACAUCAAACAAUUCAAAUAGCAUCAUUGUGACAAGCACAACACUUCCUACCAGCAUAGCAAACAGCACAACAUCUUUAUCCACAAGCGUCACAAUUACACCAGCUAUCGCCAAUACAGCACCACCUUUAAUCCCAGCAGUGUCAAGUGGGGCAUCAGCUAAUACUCAACAAGUUUUUGUUACGGCUAAUCCCUUAACUCAGACAUCAACUGCGAAUAUUUUACAGCCUCAAACAACAUGCAUAACAACUGGUCAAGCUUUACAGACUGGGUCUGUGUUAUUCACAACUCCGACACAACCUGGGCAAACUCUUCAGCCUAAUCAACCUCAGCAAUUUUUAUUAGUUAGGACUAUAGUUGGUAAUCAACAGCAAACUGGACUUGUUGGAAUGCCUCAAGGAGUUGCAGGGGGAACUCCUGUUCGUUUAAUCCUACCUCCUGGGUUUCUAACUCAACAGAGAGCUGUUCAACCAACUAACACAACAGUCAAUGGGGUUGCCUCAGUUCCAGUUGCAAUAGCUAAUCAAAAAGAUUCAGCACCUCGUAACGCGAUCUCUACCGUCUUAACAAACUCCACCAAAGCACCUUUAACAGCCAAUUCAUCACAAACCAUUGCAUCCAGCACACAGGUCUCAACAGUAUCCACUGUUACUACCACCGCUCCAAUUGUAAAUCCAUCAACUGUUUCAUCUAACUCAAACGAUAUUUUAUUAAAAGCUGUUCUUGGUAGUGGUAUUGUGAGUGAAAACCCAUCAGGAUCACCUAAUCAAAUUACUAAUGCUGCUUCCAAUAGAUCUAAUACAGUAAAAUCAUCGCCUUUGCUUAAUGUUCUUUUAGAUAAAGGAAAACUUCCUGAUUUCUCUACUAUGGCUGGAACUAUCAAUCAAUCUAAUGUAACAAAUUCAUGUGUAACUACCAUCACAUCAGUAACCACCUCUUCAUCAAAUAGCCCCUUCAAUCCACCGAUAUUAAAUACUUCUUCUCAAACAUCAACUCCCAUCACUAGUAUGUCUGGUUCACAAUCUAAUAAGGUGUACAUAUUGACUACUACAAAAUCUUCUUUACCCAUCAAAAAUGUGCCGAAUGUCCAACAACAGCAAUCUGGAGGACAAGUCACUUCACAAGCUGUCGCAAAUAAUCUCCAAAAAUCUGUUACAGUACAACAGCUAAACCAAACUCGACCGGUGCAACAAACUAAUGUUAUUCAACAACCGCCAACGACACAGUCAUUGAUGAAUAGCUCUGAUAUUGUGAACAGUGCUACAACAGUUUCUACUGUUCCAAGCUCAAAUAAAUUAACUCCUUUCACCACUGAAUCAGUUGCAGCUCAGAAUACUUUGAGUGGAAAACCUAUUCAAAUCGAUCCAAUAGAAAUUAAAUCAACUACAAUCUCGAAAAAUGAGCUAAGUAAUGGAGAAGUAUCCUCAAAUUUGAUACAAGUUAGUAAAUCAACUUCCAAAAUAUCUAAUGACUUUACAGUAAUUAAUGACAUUAAGCAAGUUGAUUGUGCAACCAAAGUGGUCUCAAAAAGAUCUAGCGAAGAAGAUGAUAAACCUCAAACCAAUAAAAAAGUAAAGAGUAACAAUAGUAUCAAUUCCCUUAGUAUAACACCUGUGAAAACAGAAAUCAAAACUGAACUACUUGUGGAUAAGCAGGCAAAUAAAAUCAAAACAAAUGGAACAAGUGUAAUACCUUCUUCCAAUGCUCAACAAGGAAAAGAAGUUUCAACAUCUUUGAAUUCAAAUAAAUCAUCAUUAGCCAUGACUGAUUCAGAAACAAAUACAAAUCCACCUAAUGCUGUCAAUGGAACUGCAAGCACAAAUGCUUCAGUUACUGUCCAACGAACAACUUUAAAAUCUAAAUCGACAGUUAAAUCCACCACAGUUAAUCAUAAAAACUUACAAUUCUACUGUGAAUGGCACGAGUGUAAAAAAGUUUUCAGUCGUCCAUCUCAAGUUUAUUGGCAUGUACAUAAAGAGCAUGUCAAUAUUUAUGGAAAUUCAUCAGAAAAAAUGACUUGUAAAUGGGGAGGCCCUGAGGGAAGAGGACCUGGCUGUUUAUCUUCUAGACCUAAAUUAUCAUUGCUAACUCAUAUUAAUGAUUUUCAUUGCAAUGCUGCUGCCCUGCAGCAAUCAGCUAUUCGUCGAGAGUCCGGAGUUAACGUACCAUCGCCAGUUGUGCCACCAGCUCACCCAGGUUACGCUUCUAAUGCUGCCCUAUUAGCCAUCCGAAGACAUGCCAUUAAUUACGUGGAAGUUCCCAAGCCUCCGCCAAUCACACCUUUGACUCCAAUAUCAACGAGCAUACGUUUAACAGCAGCAUUAAUCCUUAGAAAUCUGGCUCAAGUUUCAUCUAAACUCAGAUUGCUUUUGCAAAGUUUAGAACCUUAUUUAAGUGAGCUCUGUAUGGUUGAAGGUCGUGAAGAGUCAAGAACAAUCGCACAGUGCUUAGGUGUUAUCACGGAAAGAAAUGACCGGAAAAGAGCAGAUUAAAGCAAAUUUAAUAUUGAAAUUUGGCAGAGUAAUUCAAAGAUCUGAACAAUCAAUACCGAGAACAAAGAAUCUGGAUCGGCCAUCGGAAAAGCAAGAACGUUGUAAACUGAUUUAGAUGAUUAAAUUAAGGUCUAAUGAUGACUUAUGGUUAUCUGUCGUGAAGAAAAGUUAUAAAGCAACUUACAAAAUUAUAACCCGAUAAAUGUAUAAAUUAUAUUCUGCUGAACGUUCAAGGUUUCUAAUAUUUAUGUUAUUAAGCAUU